AUCUUUGGUCACGGGUCUUCCCCCAUGAGGUCUGCAUUGUGGCCCGGUCUACUAUGUGCUUGUUCUUGGAAAGAGCGUCAGAGAGCAGCUGAGAGAGGUAAAACACUUCAAACUUCUGGCGGUAGGCUGCAAAGUUUCCAACCUGAAGACAACGUGAUGUUGCAGCAGCAGGCAGGACAGCACACCUCACGGCUUGGUGAUCAUCUGGAAUUAAUGUGAUGUCAAGUUGCAGGGCACAGACUCUAAAGCCGGAAUCAUACUCUUAAUGUGUCGUGUUAGUCCGAUAUAAACUGAUGUACUUCAUAUGACAAUUUGACUGUGUGCUACGUUUCAGUGCAGCAUAGGUUGAAUUGUUUGCGUGCGUAAAACAAAACUAGUUGGGUUUAGUCCUCUCUUCGACUGAAUGUUUUUUUCGAGUCAAUUUGUUUUAUAAAGUAACAACCAGAGUCACGUUAGUUUAGCAUUACUUUCGAAACCCUUUUCACCCCGCGUCAGAAGAAACGUCGUGCUCCACGCACGGAUUAAAAGUGGGAAUCCGGUGUUAUUACUCUUAGAUGUCCUCUCAGCUGGAAGGAGGCCUGCAGCUGGAAAGUGCUGCAAAACUCGAAGAACUUGAAUCCAAAGAAGAAGCUGACGUGACAAUCUCUGACGGAUGUGCUGAGCAGCGCCACUGCGGCGGGGACAGAGAGGAGACUGAAGUGGCGCUGUCUCCAGAGGGCCAUCAGCAGAAACCACGCAAGAUGACCCGGAGCCCCAAAUGUGCUCGCUGUCGGAACCACGGCGUCGUUUCGUGUUUGAAAGGCCACAAACGCUUCUGCCGCUGGAGGGACUGUCGGUGCGCCUGCUGCCUGCUGGUGGUGGAGCGGCAGAGAGUCAUGGCAGCGCAGGUCGCUCUGAGGAGGCAGCAAGCUGCGGAGGUGAGGGGAGCACAAGGGCAGGGUAAGAGGAGGGUCAGGUGUGCAGGUCCGUUGAGGAGGACUGCAUAUCAGCGUUACACGAGAGCAGCCGAACCGAGCAUAAUGGCUAAGAGCAUCCUGCAGGGGCUCAAACCGGCAGUGCCAGUGGAGGACUACACCUCCUGUUGGCAGAAGCAGAUGCCGGGGGACCAAACACACCCUAUGUGUCCCCAAAUGAGCGCCCGGAUGAGGAAGAGGCGAGCCUUUGCAGACAAGGAGUUAGAGAAUGUAAUGCUGGAGCGGGAGCUGAGACAGAGAGAGCUGCAGAGCGAUCUUUCUUUAUCCUCCUCUGCUGCCCUUGUCCCCAUGCUUCAUCCACUGCCCCUGCCUGCCUCCCCUAGCCUCCAUUGUUGUCUUAUCAACAAAGACCCCAACUCUGUAGGGUCUUCCAGUUACGUGCCUGUGUACAAAUACAAGCCUCUGUAUGAGUGUGACUUCCAGUUCUAUCAGCUCUUUCACCUAAAAAGCAUGUCUGCUGGAGAAGACUAUAACAACUUCUUAUGCCAGAGCACAGAGCAAACCAGGGAAGAUGAGGAGGUGCAGAACAGCUGUAGUGGUUGUGAGAAGAAAGACAGUCUAGAGCUGACGCCUCUAACAUCCCAAAGACUCAAACAUCAUCGCAGCACUGUGUCAGGUCUAGACCCUGUAAAAACCUACUCAAAACCAACAGAAACAAUGGACUCAAAUGGCUCUUCAAGCCUCCCAUGCUCUAUUUUUGGAUCUGAUCAAGGUUUCAUGGUCAGGCCAGACGUCAGUGCACACAGCAGGACUUCUGAUCCCAGACCUCUGACAGCUAAGGGCUGGUGUGCAGACACUCCUGCAGACCAGGCAUCUCCUCAUGGUGACUCUGUCAAGAGCUCUAAUGGCAGCUCAGUCAGGACUCCCGCUGUGAGGCCAUUACCUUUCUCUGUGGAGGCUCUGUUAAGGGCCUGAUAGGCAAACAGAAAGCAGUGCAGUGCACUUUGUUAAUGUGCAGACUAAGGAUUGCUCUUGAGUCAAAUAUAACAAUUUCUUGUGGUCUAAAAUGUUUUGAUAAAAGGUGGUUGCUAUAAAGUGAAGUAUACUGUAUAUGAAUACUUUCAAGAAUAUAAAUUACAGCCUUUGUAUAAAUCUUUUAAACGUUUAAAAAUAUAUACAAAUUAUACUUGUGGUAUAAAUUUCAUUAGAGUUCUAUGUAUGUUGAUCAUUUUAAAAACACUUUUAAGAUAUAACCCUUUUUUAUUCUCCUCUGUCGCUAAAAACACACUGAACCAUUCUGCCUUGAAGCUUUCACAUCAAUUAUAUUCUCUUUUCCUGCAAGGAGAAAGAACAGCCGUAAAACAAAGUCUAUGAAAAACUCAAGUAGAGUUUGAACCUCUGCUCUUUUUUGACUUUGUGCAUUGAUUUUUUAAAUCAAAGAGUAGAUCUGGCUGGCUGAUCUUUGCAAUGCUCUCGGGUAUUAGGGUGUAAAAACAAACCAGGUGCUGCCCAAAAAGAAGGAUCUUAAGGUUAAGGUGUUGCUUUGCCAACAAUACAGUUCAAAGUAAAGAUAUUCCCACAAUAAAUCUGUAAAUGCUCAGAAAUAGCUGGAACAUAUAAAGCUAUGAUUUACCUGC